CUUCUGUUUGUUUCUACAAUAAUUGAUGCCCCUGUGACUCACUGGUGCAAUCUAUGGUAUCCAGCUCCGGUUAUAUGUGGGGAACGUCUGAAAAAGUAUGUUUUUCACAAAUUACGUACUGAGAUGCCGGAAGGACCAUUCUGCAUUGUUUACAUGCACAGUACUGUGCAGAAGGAAGAUAACAACCCUGGCCUAACGAUCUUGAGGUGGAUAUAUGAAGACCUUCCCUCGGAUUGUAAGGAUAGGCUUCAGGUUGUGUAUUUCAUUCAUCCAGGGCUCCGCUCAAGGCUGGUCAUUGCCACUCUUGGUCGCUUGUUUCUAAGUGGAGGCUUAUAUUGGAAAAUCAAGUAUAUUAGCCGGCUGCAGUACCUUUGGGAAGAUGUAAGUAAAGGAGAGGUUGAAAUCCCGGAGUUUGUGCAGAAUCAUGAUGAUAUUCUGGAGGAAAGACCGCUGACAGAUUAUGGAAUUGAACCAGAUCCACUCCGCUUAACUGAGAUGCCUACAGCCUACUCAUUUGGGAGAAUUGACGAGAGGUGGGCAGCUAAAGAAUUUAUGUCUUAAGAGUGUGGCUAUUAUUAUGGAGGCUCAAAGCUAGAAUAUGAAGCCUUGUACAUAUUAAUGUUGUGUGUUGCAUUUGGGAACUUUGAACCUUUUCUGCUUGUGAGCUAAACUUUAGCAGCAGAUGUUUCAG